UACUAUUUUCUUUGUCAGUGUUGUACUGCUUUUUUUUUUCACAUUCAUAAUUGUAUAUUUUAUAUUAUCAUUCUUUUACUACUUGUAUUUGAACAUGAGUUUUUCCAAAUUGUUCAGUCUGGUGUGGGAAGGAGUUGGGUAGGAAGUUAGGAACAGAAUAGUUUUUUAGGUUUUUCUGUCAAAAGCCCUUGUCCUCUAUUUGGAUGAAUUUUUCAUUUUUCUUUAAAAUAUGGCUACAUUGGGGCCGGAGCGAUAGCACAGCGGGUAGGGCAUUUGCCUUGCAACACGGCUGACCCGGGUUCGAUCACCGGCAUCCCAUAUGGUCCCCCAAGCACUCCCAGGAGUAAUUCCUGAGUGCAAAGCCAGGAGUAACCCCUGAGCAUCGCUGGGUGUGACCCAAAAAGCAAAAAAAUAAAUAAAUAAAUAAGAUAAAAAUAAAAUAUGGUUACAUCUUGGGGCUGGAGCAAUAGCACAGCGGGUAGGAUGUUUGCCUUGCACUCAGCCAACCUGGGUUCAAUUCCCAGCAUCCCAUAUAGUCCCCCGAGCACCGCCAGGAGUAAUUUCUGAGUGCAUGAGCCAGGAGUAACCCCUGUGAUUCGCCGGGUGUGACCCAAAAACAAAAACAAAUAUAUGGCUAUAUCUUCUUUACCUCUCAGUAACUUAGAUAUUUAGAACCCAGGCCCUUAACUAUAACUCCUGCCUUUAAAGAAAAAAAAAACAAAACGCUCCUGCCUUUUAAAAUGCCUUUCUCUGGGUAGCUAGUACAUCUUGCCUUGCACAUACAUGGCUAAUUUGGGUUUGACCCCAGUACCCUAUAAGGUCCCCCAAGCACCACCAUGAGUGAUCCCAGAGCAUCGCUGUGUGUGGCCCCAAAACCAAAACUUAAAAAAAAAUGACCAAAAUGCCUCGCUCAGGACCAGAGAGAUAAUAUAGCAAGUAGGAUGCUUGCCUUGCACACAGCCAACCUGAGUUCUGUCCCUGAUACCUCUAUGGUUUCCCAAGUACCCACAGGAAUGAAUGACCCCUGAACAUAGAACCAAGUAUAAGUCCUGAGCACAGCCAGGUGUGACCCAAGAACUAAAAACAUCACAAAGACAAAAUGUCUCCCUCAAGGGCUGUGAGGUAGUAUUUAGGGCACAUGCUCCCAACCCUUAUUUGGUCCCAGCACCACAUGGGUCCCUCAGGCAUCACCAGAAACAGCUCUGGAAGUCCUGCGCACUGCAAAAGUACUGGCACCGCAUCCUCAGACCCUUGCAUUUAACUACCAUCUUUGUUGGCUGAGAAUUGGCAGUGGGGCCACUGGGCCUCCUGAGGACCACUUGGAACACCCCCACCAAAAUGCUUUCCUCAGGUGGUAACAGUUAAAGAAUUUGUGGCGGGAAAUCUGGAAUUCUUUGUACUAUCCUUUAACUUUUGUAGAAGUUUGAAAUUACAGAAGAGAAGCCCAUGCCGUGGUUUUGGAAGGGUUGUCAGAUAAUAUCUGAGUCUUUUGCUUUGAGACCUCUCUUCAUUUACUCUCAAAUACUUUCCUAUGCCUCCUUUCUCUGCCUUCUCCUGAGAUAUCCUCUAUAUUCAGUUCUAAAUUUUGCAGUUCCCACAUUAGGCUAAGAGCCCACUCUCUCUGUGAGUGAAAAUUUGCCGUCCUCCCUCUAAGCCCCUUUCAAACUUUAUGUCCUUCCAUGUUUAGAAAUGGUUUCUUGCAUAGGUUUUAUUAGUCUCACGUACUUUGAUACAUAUUUACUUCUAAUUUAGAAUUUUCAGAUUUUUAUGGUCUCCUAGAUACACUGAAGAUGCAGAAUUUAUUUUUUAACGUUCAUUUUGUUGAUCUAUGUGAGUUCUAAGAGGAAAAUGGGAAAAUUACAAACUAAAUUGCUGCUGUGUUCCUAGGAACUUUAAGUUCAACUAUAGCUAUUCCUAGAAACGUUUUCCAAGUGUCCAUCAUAAAAAAAAAAAAGUACUGGUGGCCCAAACAUUCAUCUCAAUAAGUUAGAGAAAUAACAGAAAAUUAAAUGUAAAGAAUAUAGAAGGAAACAAGAAUUAAAAACAUAUAAUGCAGUUGAAAACACAAGUUUAUCUCCAUCUUUCAGGUAGGGAGUCUUGAAAGGUUUUUAAGAAGGAGAGUGACAUGAUCAUGUUUGUUUUCCAGAAAGAGACCUCUGGCAGCAGUGUGGAGAAUAGAUAGAGGAGAAAAAAACUUAUCUGAGAAGCCAGUUAGGAGGCUUUUUCAAUCACUAGUUCAGGUAAGAGAUGGUGGUGGUCUAAUGUGGGAUGGCAAGGAAGGAACAUAUUACAGGAUUUAAGUGAAAACCAUAGAUUUGAACAGGUAAAAAGUUUUGGCUGCGGUUACUGGCACAUUAAUUGGAAAUGGAUAGACCAAAGGACUACCAGGUUACUAGAAAUAAAAGUUUAAACCUGGUGUAUCACUCAGGUUUAAUCAGAAAAAUAGAACUAGUUGAAGAUACAUUUAGAGAGGUUUAACUUAUAUAACAAUAGGAGGUAGGUGGGCAAAUUUAAAAUCCCUUGGCUAGGCUAGAAAUACUGAAACCUAUGUUCAUAGGUGGGAUUUCUUCUAUCUUAGGGAAGCCUCAGCCCUGCUCUUUCAAAGUCUUUUCAGCUUACUAAAUUGGGCCUAACAGAUCAUCUUUGACUUAGUAAUGUUGGGGCCAGAGAGAUAGCACAGUGGGUAAGGUGCUUACCUAGCACACAGCCGACCCUGGUUUGAUACCUGGCACUGCAUAUGGUCCCCUGUGAAUUGCCACUAGUGAUCCCUGAGGACAGAGCUAAUAAUAACCCCUGAGUAUUGCCAGAUGUGGCCCAAAAACCAACAAUAUAUACAUAUUUAAAUAAACCUCAGCUGGGCCUGAGUGAUAAUACAAGGUAAGGUAUUUAAUUUUCUGCAUGCAGUCAACCAGGUUCAGUCCCCACUAGGAGUAAGUCCUGAGUGAUGCUAGGUAUGGCUCAAAAGCAAAAAAAAAAAAAAAAAAAAAAAAAAAAACACCUUAGCUAAUUAUAUAUAUUAAAUACAAAUACAAAAUACUUUUACACCAAUACAUAGAUUAGUUUUUUAAUAACUUUCAACUAGUAACCUAGUCAAAUGUAAGACUUUAUACUUGGCCUAAAAUUGUGAUUAUAUAAUUUUUAAAAUAUCCUUCAUGUUCCUUCAGACUCAUUGUCUUCUAUUUUAAAUUAGCUCCUAAAAAGGGUGUAAUUAAAAAUAUACCUUUCAUUAUAGCGAUUUCAUUGUACCAGGUUUGAAUAAUGCUAUCAGAAUAUAAGUGUACUGUUGCUUGUACAACAGAAUAUACCAUGUAAAACUUAAGUCAGAAGUUAAUAUAUCUAAAGUUAGAGAAUUCUGGCCAGAGAGAUAGUACAGUAGCUAAAGAACUUGUCUUGCAUUUAGCUGACCCCAGUUAGAUCCCUGGCACCACAUGUUCCCCUGAGAACCUUUGGCAGUGAACCCUGAGCUGCUGGGUAUGGCUCAAAACCCCAUAUGCCUCCAGAAACAUGCAGUUUCAGGACUAUAUGGAUAGAGAGGUCUGGCAUGUAGUAGUUGAAAAUGCAGAUAUAAAAACUUGAAACUAAAAAGUAAAAGCAUAUAAAUCUACAUCUGAAUUGUAGAAAUAUAAGGACUCACUUAAGAAUAGUAUUUACAGUGAAAAUAGGAACGAAAAUGAUAAUGCCAUGGGGUAAUAAUACUAGCAUUCAUUAAAAGAUGGAAGAAAAACCAGUGUUAAUGAUUAUUAUCACCAGCAGCAUGGGAGCCAGAGUAGGAACCAGAGAGAUAGUGUGGGACUGAAGGCAUUCACCUUGCAUGUGGCUGAUCCCUGCGCACCAUAUGGUUCCUAGAGCCCAGAGCCAGGAGUAUGCCCUGAACAAUACCAGGUGUAUCCCAAACCCAAUAAUAAUAAUAAUAAUGAUAAUAAUAACAACAACAACAAUAAUAAUGGAGGAAACGUUCCAAUAAAAAUAUUCAAAAAUAUACUGAAAGUAUAUUAUUUCACACUUCACAAUGGAAACAUUUCCAUUAAAAAAAAAUAGAAGAAGGCAAGGAUGUCAGUACUAUGGUAUUUAGUCACUAUUGUGUUUGCUAACUUUUGUUCUUCUUACAGGUUUCAGUCUACAUGUUACUUCUUUGAGAAGCAGUAUUUGAACCACCCCUACCCUUCCCCCAUCCAGCCAUCCCCCAAAUCUGAGUUAGGUAUUUCUCUGUAUUUCCUUAGCAUAGUUUACUCCCUCGUAAUAACAUGUAUCACCCUGGAUUCUAAGUGUUUAUUGUUCUGUGUCUCCUGUUAGAAUGAAAGCUGCAUGAAGCUAGGGAUUAUCCAUCUUGUGGUACAUACCAGUGUAUGUACAUCCCAAACCUAGCACAACUCUUGGUCAUGUUAAGCAAAGAGUGAAAAAAAAGAGUCAAGUGCAUAGAAGAGGAGCAUCCAAAUGAGCAUGAAAGUUGGAAAAUAUUUGUAGAAUUUCUGCCACUGCCUUCUACAAAGCACAACCUGUAAUUCAGUUCAUGUGUGAAGUUCUUGAUAUUCAUAAUAUUGAUGAACAACCAAGACCUCUGACUGAUUCUCAUCGGGUAAAAUUCACCAAAGAGAUUAAAGGUCUGAAGGUUGAAGUGACUCAUUGUGGAACAAUGAGACGGAAAUACCGUGUUUGUAAUGUAACAAGAAGGCCUGCCAGUCAUCAAACCUUUCCUUUACAGUUAGAAAAUGGCCAAACAGUGGAGAGAACAGUAGCACAGUAUUUCAGAGAAAAAUAUACUCUUCAGUUGAAGUACCCACACCUUCCCUGUCUGCAAGUGGGACAGGAGCAGAAACAUACAUACCUGCCACUAGAAGUCUGUAAUAUUGUGGCAGGACAGCGAUGUAUCAAGAAGCUAACGGACAAUCAAACUUCCACAAUGAUCAAAGCCACAGCAAGAUCUGCACCCGAUAGACAAGAAGAGAUUAGCAGAUUGGUAAGAAGUGCAAAUUAUGAAACAGAUCCAUUUGUUCAGGAGUUUCAAUUCAAGGUUCGGGAUGAGAUGGCCCAUGUAACAGGACGUGUACUUCCAGCACCGAUGCUUCAGUAUGGAGGACGGAAUCGGACAGUAGCAACGCCAAGCCACGGAGUCUGGGACAUGCGAGGGAAACAGUUCCACACAGGAGUUGAAAUUAAAAUGUGGGCAAUAGCUUGUUUUGCCACACAGAGGCAGUGCAGAGAAGAAAUAUUGAAGGGUUUCACAGACCAGCUGCGUAAGAUUUCUAAGGAUGCAGGCAUGCCCAUUCAGGGCCAACCUUGCUUCUGCAAGUACGCACAAGGCGCAGACAGCGUGGAGCCCAUGUUUCGGCAUCUCAAAAACACUUACUCUGGGCUGCAGCUCAUCAUUGUCAUCCUGCCAGGAAAGACACCAGUGUAUGCGGAGGUGAAACGUGUAGGAGAUACACUUUUGGGGAUGGCAACCCAGUGUGUCCAAGUCAAGAAUGUAAUAAAAACUUCUCCUCAGACUCUCUCAAACCUGUGCCUAAAGAUAAAUGUUAAACUUGGAGGGAUUAAUAAUAUUCUUGUACCUCAUCAAAGACCUUCUGUGUUCCAGCAGCCAGUGAUCUUUUUAGGAGCAGAUGUCACUCAUCCACCGGCUGGUGAUGGGAAGAAGCCUUCCAUUGCUGCUGUUGUAGGUAGUAUGGACGCCCACCCCAGCAGAUAUUGUGCCACCGUCAGAGUUCAGAGACCCCGACAGGAGAUCAUCCAGGACCUGGCCUCCAUGGUCCGAGAGCUGCUUAUUCAGUUUUAUAAGUCAACUCGCUUCAAACCUACACGCAUCAUCUUCUAUCGGGAUGGUGUGUCAGAGGGACAGUUCAGGCAGGUUUUGUAUUAUGAACUACUAGCAAUUCGAGAAGCCUGCAUCAGUUUGGAGAAAGACUAUCAACCUGGAAUAACCUACAUUGUAGUUCAGAAGAGGCAUCACACUCGAUUAUUUUGUGCUGAUAGGACAGAAAGGGUCGGAAGAAGUGGGAAUAUCCCGGCUGGAACCACAGUUGAUACAGAUAUCACUCACCCAUAUGAGUUUGACUUUUACCUCUGUAGUCAUGCCGGAAUACAGGGUACCAGUCGCCCUUCACACUAUCACGUUUUAUGGGAUGAUAACUGCUUUACUGCAGAUGAACUUCAGCUGCUCACUUACCAGCUCUGCCACACCUACGUGCGCUGUACACGAUCUGUUUCUAUACCUGCACCAGCUUAUUAUGCUCAUCUGGUGGCAUUCAGAGCCAGAUACCAUCUUGUGGACAAAGAGCAUGACAGUGCUGAAGGAAGUCACGUUUCAGGACAGAGCAAUGGGCGAGAUCCACAAGCUCUUGCCAAGGCUGUACAGAUUCACCAAGAUACCUUACGCACAAUGUACUUUGCUUAAAAAGUCCAAGAAUUUGCUUUGAGCAGAAGAACUGAAGAUGCAUCAAUGUGCAACGUUCACCGUGUGUUUCCCAUGGAAUCAGUUUGGGGGGUAGGGGAGAUGCCUUCAGCCAUCCAGAAGCCAACACUGUGCGGGGGUCAGGUCUGAUCUUUGUGCCGAUAGAAGGAUGAUUGUUUACUUCAUCAAGGAAAACAGCACCAUUAUGCAAUAUGAAACCAGCCAACUGCUUUUUUGUGCAGUCUCCUGUAGGAAAUACUGCAAUUGUUCUGUUUUCGUUUUCUUAUAGUCUAAUCCUUUUAAUGCCUUUACCUCAAGUUGCUUGGCAGCACAACUAUCUUUGCAAAAAAAAAAAAAAAAAAGUUGAUGGUUUAAAAAAAAAAACCACCUACAGUGAAUAAUCAAAGUGAUUGUUCACAGCUCUGUGUGCAAAAAAAUUAAUGUGGAUUCAUGUCUUGUCAAAAGUAUAUUUUAAAUAUAUACAUACUUCAUAUGCAUAUAUAUCUGCUUCUACGUCAAUAAUAGAUAUAUAUGUAUCAGUGUAUAUAUUUCGUAGUGCAUUCCAGUGGGGGAAGUUUAGUCCCUGUCCCUUCCCCUCACCACCACUUUCCUUUCUCUCUCUCUACCUCCCUUGCCAACAUUACCUACAUUUACCCCCCACGUGACAUUUCAGUGUUCAUGUAUGUGGUUCAUUUGUAUAUGAAGCAUGGAAAAUUUUAUUUUUAUUUUUCACAGCCUACUCUUGUCUCUUCUCUCAUAGACAAUUCUGAGUCCCAAAUUCUUGAUAUUGUUUUCUUAAGAAACAAAAUUAUCUUCUAUAGAUGUUUUUGUGAGAAUGUGUCUGCCCCAUCUGCUUUGAACUUACAUUCACCCCAUGUGCGGUGUGUACAGAAACAGCAGUGACCUGUUGUUUUUCUUUAUUCUUUUCUUUAGUUAAAGCUGCUAUAAAUAUAAAACCUUGUCAGUGGUGAUAACUCUUUCUCUCUAUAAUAUUAUGUAUUCAAAAGCUUUCUGUUUCUGUUGUUUCUACAUGGAAAUCCCUUAAAGCUUUUUUAUAAACAGCAAAUAUUUUAAAUGAACAGUCAGGCAGCCUCUCAAAUUGGGUAGAAAGAGAGAAGGGAUUGUUUGAGGGGUCCUGUCAUUUUUUUUCUUUCCUAGUUUACUUGCUGCCUCUCAUACCUUAAUGUGAUUUUCAUAUAUAUAUUUUUAUAUAUAUGUGUAUAUAUAUAAACAUAUAUGUAUGUGUUUUGAAGUUUAGCUUUCUUUUCUAUUUAUUAGAAUAGUGCUUUAAUAAUUAUAGAAUUGUAUUGGCAACAUUUUUAUAGAGAUAUAAUCAUGUUUAUUUUAAGAACUGACAGUUGUUUUUGCUAUCUUUUGGUGCAAUAAGCAGUUUUAAAGGAAAGUGGUGUCUGUAUGACAUCUUUGCCACAGAUAGUGGGAGAAGCGGGCACCUUUAUAAUUUUAAUUUUAAAAGGGCAAAGUAAUACAGCCUUAAUUUCAGAAGGAAAGUUUUGUAAUUUUCAAAUUUAAUGCAUGCCUUUUAAAAAUUAUAAUGAAAAUGAAGGAAGUUGAAUUUCCUAAAUGAGUCUGACUUGGAAUAUUAGAAAUAAAGUUGAACUUUGACAGUGAAUAGCUUAAGAUUUAGAGGAUAUUUAAAUUAUUUGGAAAGAGAUCUCUUUUUAUUGAAGAUUGAUAGUGGCUAAGUACCCACUUUUGUGUACUGAAAUAAAUCAGAAAGAUAUAAAAUGAUUCAGUUUUUUGGUUUGGGGGCCUCACGCAGAGGUGUUCCGGGGCUACUUCCAGUGCUCCCAGUUCAGGGCUACUGGCAGUGCUUGGAGUGCCCUGUGGGACUAGGGAUGGAACUGGGGAUUCCUGCAUGCUCUCCAUAUGCACUAACCUUCUGAGGUUUAUCCCUGGCCCUUAAAAUGAUAUUUUUAAAAAACUUUUUUUUUUAGUUAUCACCAGGGUGACUUAGCUUUUAAAAUUAGGGUGAUGAUGGCAAAAGAAGUUAGAAUGUCAGUAACUUUGAAUGAGUUAAGUCACAGAAAUGCAGAAAAUAAGUUUUGCAAAAUUUUUGAUCAAUUUUACGUAGGAUAUUAAAAAGUACUAUAAAACUGUCAAAACCAAGUUCAUCGGUAACAUUGGAUUUAGGGGAGCUUUGCACUUUGUAACUCAUAAAAACUGCAUUAAAUUUUUUCUUUUUUUGCACUAGUUCAAAGCAUAGAUAUUAUAGAUUGUUUCCAGUGGGCAUUGUUGCUGACUUUUCAGAAUACAUCUGCAUGUGAAAAGGAAUGGUGAUUUUUUAGUUUCUAUUACCUGUAAUCCACUCAUUUGCCAAUUUACUGUAUUUUGAGCCUAAAAUCUGAGCCCCUGUCCUCCAACAGGUAUGAAAUCUUUUGUCCCUCUGCCAUAAAAAUGAGAAUGUACUGUAUUUUGUAUGCUUAUUAUAUAGAAGUGUCUGAAAUGCGAUUGACAACACUAUUCCAGAGCUAUUUACAUGCGAUGAUACUUGUGUAGUAUACACCUUUUCAGCCCCCCCCCCAUUUCUUCCAGCCCUCACACACACAAGUACAUGCCACGCACAGCCAUACAUACAGCACACACUGCAUACUACACACAAACACGUGCAUUCAGAGACAGUACACACCACACAGAGAUGCACAUGCAUGCAAACACAGUACAUACUACACACAGACACAUGCUGCACACACUACAUAAAUGCCUAUAGAAUUGUUGGGUUUUGUUUCUUCAAACAAAACUUUCAAAUUUUGCUGAAUAUAAGGGGUGGAGUGAUAGAACAGUGGGUAGGGCAUUUGCCUUGCACAUAGCCCAACCCAGGUUUGAUUCCCAGCAUCCCACAUGGUCCCCCAAGCACCGCCAGGAAUAAUUCCUGAGUGCAGAACCAGGAGUAACUCCUGAGCAAUGCUGGGUGUGACCCAAAAGGCCAAAAAAAAAUUUUUUUUCACUGAAUAUGGUUAUAAUCAUGGGCAAGAAAAUAGUAUAUUCUAGAUAGUAAGAACUUGAUUAAUUUUUAUUUAGUAUGAGUAUAACUUCUUUCCUCGUUUACGGGAAUUGAGCAGGCUUGUGUGGGAAUGACUAAUACCCAGGAAGAGCCCUUUUCCCCACCUACUUACCACUUUCCCUAAUUUUCUCUUGCUUAGUUUCACAAGCCCUAGGAAGGGCCAUAAUCAAAUCUAGUUAGAAGGAUUUUUAGGAAAAUAGAAAGUCCUUUUGGGAGCCAGAGUGAUAGUACAGAGGGUAAGGCAUUUUACCUUGCACACAGCUGAUCUGGGUUCGAUUCCCCGCAUCCCACAUGGUCCUCUGAGCACUGCCUGGAGUAAUUCCUGAGCAUCACCAGGUGUGACCAAAGAAAAAAAUCUUUUCAUGUAGUGUUUCACCUUUGAAAUGAGUUCUUUUCUAGGGUACUGUUAAAAGUUUUGACAUUGCUAGAUUAUAGAUCUGAUUAAUUAGAAAGAAUACUGUGUAUUUCUAAUUUGCUUACUAACAGGUUGCUUAUAAUUUAAAGAUAAAUUUAGCUUAUAAUUUUAAGUUAAAUAUCUGUAUCAAAACAUUUUUGAGGGGUCAGGGAGAUAAUGCAGUGGGUCAGGCACUUGUCUUGCACGAAGCCACCCUGGGUUCCAUUCCCAGCAUUCCAUGUGUUCCUCUGAGCCCCACCAGUAGUGAUUCCUGAGUGCAGAGUCAUGAUUAAGCCCUGAGCACUGCCAUGUGUGGCCCAAAAACGAAAACAAAUGUUCUUGAAAUUUGUUUCUACUGUUAUUGUAUUCCUAGCGUAGAAUUCUCAGUUUCUUGUGUGAGUUUUUUUUUUUUAUGUUUUGAAUUUAAUGGUCAUAAAACUCCACAGUGACCUCUUAAAUUCUUUAUCUUGCCCGAUAACUAUAUAAUAAAUGCUAAUCUUGGUCUGGUGUUUUCUAUAAUAUAUGUCUGACUUUAAAAUAUUGGUCCCAGAAACAGGUGUAGUUGAUCUUACAUCAGUUUAUAAAAUGAAAAAAGUUGGAAGUUUAAUGUCUGUUCUGAAUGGUAAGUGUGUCUGUAAAGUGCUAAUACAUGUUACAUUUAUUACAGUAUCAAGUUACUGGCAUUGAGGACCAGACAUUUGUAAUACUGUAGCUGCUAUAUUUAUUAAUUAAGUAGAGUCUGAACAUUACUGCACUAAGUCAGGAGUUGAGGAACUGAGCAGGAUUCAAGGCUCAUGUUAGGAACCCUCCUCACUUUUUUUUUCCUAAAUAGGAUUAAGAACAUGAAAUAUUAAGGUUACAAAGGGUGCUGCCAUUUUAGUUUCAAUUUAAUGUCAAAAUACUCUUUCUUUGCUUCAGAAAAGUGGGUUUUAGGUUUAGAAGUUUGAGAGAAGGUUACCUCAACCUCCUUAGUACAGGUUUCUCACAUUUUUACAGAAAGACAGAUGUCCUUUAUUUUUUCAUAAUAAUUACAUUUGAAUAAGUUUCUCAGAGAAAAAAGAUACUCCCCUAUGGUAAUCUUUCUGUCAGUAACCUGUUGUUUCUCUUCCUAGAAGAGACUAGAAGGGAUUCUUGUAGAAAUGAUGUGGGUUUGGGAAAGCACUUGAGCGAGAUUCAUCCCUGCCCCUAGCAGAGGGAGCCUCACCAUCUAAAUGUCGUCUAGAUUAUCUAAUAACCCACCACUGCCUAAUGUUUACUUGUAUGUUCUCUAGUAGAUUUUUUGUAACAGGCCUCUUGACAUCCUCAGUCAUAAAAGACUUGAUUAACUCAUCUUCUUUGUUCGCCUAUAGUCUAACUCAAAAGUAACUUGCUACUGAAAUGAUCUUUCACAAGUCAAGCUGCAGAAAUAUCCCCAUUGACCUUUUUUUGUCCGUAAGAAGAUUUAAUCCUUUUUAUUUUCUGAUAAUUUAUGGAUAUCUUAAAACUUUGAUAACAGAUUAAAGACUUUAUAUUAAGUGACACUUUUCUAAGUAGCAGUAUAUUCCUGACUCUCAAUUCUUAUUUUCCUAAUUGCUUCCCAUUUGAUUAUGUAAAACACUGUUGUGAAUCUGCAGAAGACAAAAAGUAAACCAAGAGGUAGAGUGAUAGUAUAGUAGGGCAUUUGCCUUGCACACGACUGACCCGGAUUCAAUCCCCGGUUAUCCAUAUGGUCCCCCGAGCCUGCUAGGAGUGACCCCUGAGCAUCACAGGGGAUGGCCCAAAAAACAAAAAGUCUUUCUUUGCAGAUGAGGAUGUGUUUUCAUGGUAGAGCACACACCUAUUCUGUCAAACAGAAUGGGUUCAGUCACUGGCAUCAUAAAAAUUAUAGAUUGUUUUUAAUUUGUUUAUUCUAAGAUCAUUCUUUAUCAGUGACAAUAUUAGAAAUGAUACUGUGACUAGUGAAAGGUCACACUAUUUCCAAGAGGAGAAAAUUCAAUGUCUCAUGCUUCUUUGAAAGUACUUUUUCCUACCUUUAAACUGGUAUAUUUCCAUUUAGAAUCUUCUAGAUUGGACAAAAUAAUUUUUUCCAAUUAAAAUUUACUGGUCCUGUCUUAUACUAAUAUAAUCUACUAGUUUAAAUUUAUUUUUCUUUACCCAUCAAGGAUAACUAUAUUUUUACAUUGUUGAUUAAACCUCAAGAAAUCUUCUGUUCUUAAGCUAUAGAAAUAAAAGAUCUUAAUUUAAAUUGAAGCAGGAGGGGGCUGGAGCGAUAGCACAGCGGGUAGGGCAUUUGCUUUGCACAUGGCCGACCCGGGUUCAAUUCCCAGCAUCCCAUAUGGUCCCCUGAGCACCGCCAGGAGUAAUUCCUGAGUGCAGAGCCAGGAGUAACCCCUGUGCAUCGCCAGGUGUGACCCAAAAAGAAAAAAAAAUUGAAGCAGGAAAGAUAAUUUUUUUAGUAUAGAUGGUCAGGAUUACUAAUGUGAAACUCGAUUGAAGUGUCAGUUUAACAAACUGUCAGAAUUAAGAGAUCCUGUUUCCGCCCCCCCCC